AUGUCAGAUACCUGUACUUACAACUGCUCCGCACAUCCUACAGAGAUCAGUGCAUAUGGCGACAUUUCAGGCAUAGGGGUCACAACAGCUUUCUUCGCUACCGCGUGGAUAGUUGUCCUGUUGCUCAUCGGCUACUACUUCGUAGCCUACGACCCCGAACUCGACCCCUUUCGGAAAACGGGCAAUAAAACGCUUUGCCAGUAUCCAAAUAACGUCGAUUAUGUCUUUCUUCAUGUCGUUCGAAAGUUGCCCGGCCUCCGGAGCCUACAGAGGACAGACUGGCAUCUGUACAGCCAAUUAGAGUCCGCACUGAACAAGUGUGUCAUCAUGUUUGCAGAUAUCCAGAUCUUCACUGGCUUGGCAGUUAUGAUAAGCGGAUAUAUCGCUCUAAGCUGCCGACUCCAGAGUUGUCACUGGCAGUUGGCCGUCUACCUUGUGUGGCUGGCUUCCUUGACGCACCUGGCUGCUCUAUCUUUCCUUCGAAACCACUUCUCAAAUCACCCUAACCAACUUAUAUGGCGUAUCAUUGCUAUGUUCAUCAUGAUGAUGCUUUUGGAAGUGGCCGUUGGCCUGACCGGUUACUUCAGCUGGGACAAAGGCCCCAACAAAGUUUCAGACUUUGCCGUUUGCUAUUUUGGCGAGAAGAUGGACACCAACUCAGUGGCAUUCGAAUCCAUGCUCAAGACACUUAUCCUUCUCAUAUAUUCGUUCUUCAUACGCCUCGCAAAAAUGUCAAAGCCUUUCGAGGGGGGCCUUCGAAGGGUUGCAGCUCGACUAACCGCCUCGGUGGGCGCCGAGCCCAGGGACGACCGAUCUCCAUUUCUUGAAUCGAUGCAGUACUUCGGCAUUGCACUCUAUAGUUUGCCGAGCAUUCACAUCAACCUAAUCACGUCUUUCCUUGCAGAAGUCUACUGGUUGACCCUUUCUGCCAUAUGGGCUACAAGGCGAUUUUCCAGAACAAGGCUACUCGGACCCAAACAGGAAGACGAGUGGACCUUUGGUCAGGUUCUGCCGGUGCUGCUGGCGGUGGCUCCCCUCGCAGCAAUUCUCGAACAUUUCUUACUUCGUCAAUCAUCGAACAACACCUCACGUCAGAGUUCCGAUCAAAUAGCCCUAACUCAGGCUCAGUCCGAGACGGUCGAAGCCGAAACCCAAGCCCGAGCUGAGGCCCGCGACGAAGGCCAGGAGGGUGCACAUGCCGAAAUCGACCAUCAAUAUCUCCGCUCGAUUGAGUAUCGCGGAGUCCUCCUUCUGGCUAUGGUGCCCUAUAUUGAAGUCGGAAUCUUCUUCGUUGCUGACCUGUCACCCGGUAUUACGGAGCCAUUUCUAAGACUUGGGGUCGCGUUUUUCAUUCUGAAUCCAAUGUUGCAAUAUUUCUGGAUAAGCUGCACACGCUGCACCUCGCACAUGAAUUGGAGCAGCCUCAUUAAGAAGACGAGCCUAGGAGCAGUUUUCAGCGCGUCCAUGUCAAUUUCGGUCAACGAGUUUCUCCAAGUCUCGACGAAAAGCAAAACCAACAGCAAAGACAGCAUAUACAGCUAUUUCGUCUCUUUUAUCAUACUUCUAAGUGGCAUUGUGUUCUCAGGAGCCGCUUUGGGGCAUAAUUGCAUCCUAGCAGGUGAAAUUAGGCCAUUCUUCGUCCUAUUUUGCAUUAUUCUUCCUGUUUCUCUGGUUGGCAUGUAUACUGCUCUUGGUUUCAUAGGACCCACUAAUCAAGGCCCCUUGGAGUUUUCAUGCUGUCUCGGCGUCUGUCUUUUCGUGGAACUCGCUUGGUAUGGCUCCGAGUUGUUCAUGGAUAAGGUUGAGAUGGCCCCGAAACACGCCGUCUCCCUGAGAUGCAUACUACUGCUCUGCAUCCUCGCUACUCUGGUGGUGGUAAAAUUCACGACAUCUAUUGCGCCGAGCACUGUGGGGCUUGUUAUUUCUAUAAUGGCAUCGGUUGGCCUUUGGACUCUUGUUGGGACAAUUUCUUCCUUUGUCGAAAGGAGGCGGACUAUGACACCAACUACCUAA